AUUAUCUAGAAGGAAGAAUAGCAGUCUCAAACUGGUACCCUUCGUGCGAUGCUCUCAGCGACUCCGAAACAAAGAAAACCUGGAACUAAGCAGGGCUGAGCUCAAACAAGCCUCCCCACCCCAACGUGUGACGAGAUCCCAGGCUGCGAUAUCCGCUAAAAGCUCAGCGAUCCUUCCUGAGACCCCUCCUGCCCAGCAGGCAGAAGGGAAGGUUCCCUCAGCAGAAGCUGGUGUCAGCAGUUGCGUGAGCACUGAGCUUCGCUUCCAGAAGAGCACACCUAAGCCAGCAGAGCAGCUCUCCACCACCAUCGUCUUGGGCUCGGAUGAUGAUUCUCCGGAGGAAAGCCGGGUUGCCAGAUCACCGCCUGCGCCUGCAGCCUCUGAGCUGCCGGUCCCUCGUACCCCUGAGGCACACGAUGCGGGAGAAAGCGAGGCUGCAUCUGAGCUGCAGACAGCAAAGGCGGCAAACACCACUGUCAUUUUAAGCAAAGAGCCGGGGCUGGAGGAGGCAGAUGGCUCUGCUCAGGUACAAGACAUGUCUGACACGGUGCCUCCCCAGCUCAUAAGGGACAGCCCAGGGACUCCAACAGGCUCCAGGCGGAGCCGCCACUCAGUGCGCAGAAGUCUGCUGGGUAAAACCUCCAUGACUCGCAGAACCUCCUUGGCAGAGAAAUACUCGCUAGCCCGCAAGAGGGAGAGUAUGAUCCAGAAAUCUAUCACCAGGGCAAUGGUCAAGAAGAAGGCAGCUCGGAAGUCGUCCGUGUCCUCCAGCUGCAUGGAUGUCACCAGCUCUGUCUUGGUGCCGGAGGAUGAAGAGACAGUUGUCAAGACAGGGUCUCCUCCUGGACCUUGCACCCCCUCCAAGCUGGAUCCCCAAAGUCCGCGAAUGUCCCUUCGCUCUCGAACUGUCACCAGAAAUGAGCAGCCGCAGGAGCCGAGCAGCAACGAAAACAACAUGAAUAAGAACGAGAAGACCCAGGAACCGCCCCAGAGUGCCAGGAGAAAGCCAAGUUACAAGAGAGCUGUGGACGAACGCUAUGACCAUCAGCAAGCAGAAGAUGGAGGGCUUUCUCCUCUGAGAAGGAAGACCCCCUCCCCAACCUUUCCAGCCAGCAAAGUGGUGCGUCCUUUCAAAACGUUCUUGCACACGGUGCAGAAGAACCAGCUCCUCAUGACGCCAAGCUCUGUGGGCAGAAAUGGAGUGAUAAAAUCCUUCAUCAGGUACAACACUCCUCUCCAGGCGGAUCCCAAGGAAAAGGAGAGACAGAAGCUGGAGACUCUGAGGAAAAAGCAAGAAGCUGAGCAUCUGAGAAAACAGAAAGUGGAGGAAGAGAAGAAACGGCGGCUGGAAGAGGCAAAGCUGAAGCGUGAGGAGCGCCUGCGCAAGGUGCUGCAAGCUCGGGAGCGGGCAGAGCAAAUGGAGGAGGAGAGAAAGAGGCGGAUUGAGCAGAAGAUUGCUCUGUUCGACGAGAAGACUGAGAAGGUGCGGGAGGAAAGGUUGGCAGAGGAGAAGAUCAGAAAGAAAGCGGCUGCCAAGAAAAUGGAAGAGGCAGAGGCCCGGCGCAGGCACGAGGAAGAGGCCAGAAGACAAAAAGCCCUGCAGCAGGAGGAGGAGGAACGUCGGCACCGGGAGCUGAUGCAGAAGAGGAAGGAGGAGGAGCAGGAGCGUGCCAGGAAGCUUGCUGAGCAGAGACAGGCAGAGCUGGAGAGGGAGAAGCAGCUGGCUGCAGAGAGAGAGCUGGAGAGGAGGAAGGAACAGGAGAGGAUCCAGGCAGAAAAGCUGCGCGAAGAGCGGGAGAAGGCUGCUCGGCUGCAGAAGGAGGCGUUGGCUGCUAAAGAGCAGCUCCGCAAGGAGAGGGAGAAGGAAGAGCAGGAGGAACAGAGGCUGGCAGAGACCGAGAGGCAGGAGCAAGAACAGAAGAAGCUGCCAGGGGAGCAAAAGGCUAAAGAUAGAGCCCAGACAGAGCACCUAGAGAACAAAGAGAACUCUCCUGUCUGCAGCUCCUACCAGAUGACUCCCCAGGGUCCGAAGGAGCCCAAGCCCCCGAUAGUAGAUCCGAACAACUAUGGUCUGGAUCUGAACAGUGACGACUCCACAGAUGAUGAAAGCCAGCCCCGCAAGCCUGUCCCUGCCUGGGCCACCGGGAACCAGCUCAACCAGGCAGUCAUCCGCCAGUACUACAACCCCAUCAACGUGGACGCGCUCUUCGGGGCCAUCCCCAGCCCCAAGCUGGAGGACAUCUUUCACAAAAGCAAACCGCGCUACUUCAAGCGCACGAGCUCUGCGGUUUGGAACUCGCCGCCGUUCCCGGGUGCCAAACCGGUUCUCGGGGUGCCCUACAGCCUGCAGAAGUACUGA